AUGAUCACCGAACAAGGUGACCAGCAGCAGCAACAGCAGUACUUUUUCACUUUCCCAUCGCACAUCAUUCUUCAUAAUUAGACCCCCAUCGGGUCUCUCUCGUUCGCAUUUCAUUCCAUUUCCAAUUCCAAUUCCAAUCGAUUCAUUCACGUUUACAGGGUGGCCGUGCGCGGGGAAAUAACAAGUGGAAGACGUCGUCGUCGUCGUCUAUUCAAAAAUACAUUGUAUAGCGGAUAAAGGAGAUUCAGAAGAGGUAGACGGAGACGCGACGAUGAGCGCGAAACAGUCGAUUGAUUCGCAGGCAGAGCCGGUAAGCAUUUUUGUUUCUCAUUCUCAGUAGUCAGCAACAAAAACGCGUAAAGCGGAAUGUUUUUCUCUUCUUUUGUUGACAAUCUAUUCGGCUGUACGAUGAAAAAACAUUCACACCGGCGCCGUUUUCUCAAAAAUCUGCAAUAUUCGUUCUCAUUCUCAAAAAUGACGUGUCGUUUGCAGGUGGUCCUGCGGCUGAUUCUGGUGAGCGGCAAGACGCACGAGUUCGAAUUCCAUCCGUACACAUCGGCUCACGACGUCACUCAGCUGGUAUUCGACCAAUGGCCCGAGGGUAAGUGACCCGCUUCUCCUUGUCCUUUUCUUCUUCUUCUUCUUCUCCUUCUUUUCAAUUCUCAACCCGUUCCGCGGGCGCGCUAAUCCAUGUUCGUUUUGGCUCAUUAUUUCUCGGGAGAGAAAGAGAAAUGUUUGCGUAAAGACUACAAAUGGGCUUAUGGUCGCCGGAGACGAGACGAGGCUGGCUGGGAAGGGCCCUGAGGGGGUCAAUGUGUAUGCAAACAUGUGUUUGAAAUGAAACGAACCUGUGUGUGUGUGUUUGGUGGAAUAUGAAAAGUAGGAGAAGCCGAAAAGUAGGAGAAGGACGAGGAACCAGUUCAAACAACGUCUAUGAACUUUGCUAGAGGGCGACUGGGAAACUUCUUGGAACCUUUGAGGUCACUUCCAAUAAGAUUGCAGCUCAUGGAAGUCACUUUGGGGUGAUAGCAGCUUUUGCACCACAGUUCAGCAACUUUUGAGCAAACUUUUGGCAAUAGUAGCUUCUGCGCAGACGUGUGGUGAAAGUUGCUGAAUUUCUGCUGAAAAGUUGCAGUGGUUUACCAAGCAUAGUUGGAGCACACUUGAAUGAUAAGCUUUAUUAGAUACAUUAACCUCUCCGCUUUCCAGAAUGGUACGAGGACAAAGUGCAAAGCGCGCAGAUGCUCAAACUCAUCUACCACGGUCGUUUCCUGCACGGAUCCGUCACUCUUCAUGCGCUUCAGUUGACGCCCGGAAAAGUGACAGUGAUGCAUUUGGUGACCAGGGAAAACCUGCCGGAACCCAACUCCAGUGGUAGGCUUUUGAGUUAAAACGAGACGACAUUUAUGUGAUGGAUAGGGAACACUCAAUAUAUUAAUAUUUUCAGAAACGUUGACAAAGCGGAAAUCAGCGGGUUGCUGUCGUUGCGUGCUCUCAUAG